CGUCGUUGCUUUAUAAAAUAAGAAUUUUGUUUCGGCAUUUGUUAAAUAUCCAGUACAAAAAUGUUUUUAUUAUAAAUCGUAAAGUUUUAAAACACUGAUGAAGUAGAAAAUGGUAACGCUUGCUGACGAUAUAGAAACUUUAUCAUUGCAAGAGCCAAUUUUCAAGGAUGUUAAAUAUUACAUCUCUGGCGAUGUUUCCGAAAAGAUUAUGCACCUUCUGCAGUCGGGAGGAGCGGAAAGUACGAAAUAUUUCUCUGACUAUGUCACGCAUUUAAUUUGUGGUCAAAAUGCGACAGAUACGGAUCUAGAAGAAGCUCAGGAUGUGUAUCAAAUACCGGCUGUGAGCGAGAGUUGGGUGCUCGCAUGCGUGCGGUUGAAAAGAUUGGCGAACCCCAGUCCAUACUUUCCUAACAAGAACAAGAUCUUUUCGAAUGUCGUGGCUACUGUGGCAAAAGUGAGUGCGUCGGACGCCAAGACGCUAUUUGCUUUGAUCACGUAUCAUGGUGGUAAAGUCAAGUUAAACUUGGACUCUCAGUGUACUCACCUGAUCUGUGGCUCUGCCUCUGGCAAGAAGUACAGUGCAGCACUGUCCCUGCCUUCGUCUAGAAUAAAGAUUGUCACUCCUGACUGGGUGCUAGAAAGCUUGCGGGCUCGGAUACAAGCCGUGACAGAUAUAUUCCAUCCUAAGUUGUUAAUAGUGCCCUUGAAGAUGGACCGCAUCAGUACUAUUACUGGAUUCGAUUUUGAAGAAAGUAUUGCUAAGAAUGAAGUCCCUACUCAGAAUUUAGCUGAGAAUAAAGAUGAGAGCACACAAGCUCUGUUAGAUAAACUCAAACAAAGGAUGCCGUGGAAUCACCCACCUUCAUCUGCCAAUACUGUUGCAACAUCAGCUGUUAGUUCUAUGGGCUACACUACAUCUUCUAUACCAACUACUACAGUCAUGAGUAAAUCUGGGCCCCAAGGUAUUGUGACACAAAAUAUACAACUGCAAAGUAGCCAGGCCAAUUCUCCAAUGAUGCAGAAAUUUGUUCAGAAUACAGCAGUCUCACAGGCUGCCAUGAAUAUACAGAACCAGCAAGUCAAUAUUCAACAACAGCAACAGGCAUACAAUCAGGGCCAACAACAACAACAACAGCAGCAGCAACAACAACCACAUGGUCUAUCAGCUAUACAGAUACAACAACAAAAGCUACUUCAACAACACAAUCUUAGAAUGCAGAUGUUACAGCAACAAAAUAAGCUUGGAAAUCAGCAAAACCAACAGUUUAGCCAACCAAAUACAUCGGUUGCACAAAUAAAUCAGAAUAUAUCUGGUCAAAUUCAACAACAUAUUCAACAACAGCAACAAAAUCAGCACCAUUUGCAGCAGAAUCAGAAUAUAAACCAGUCUCCAAAUACAUCAAUGAGCUCAGCUCAACAACAAAUUGAAAACAUCAGCCAAAUGUUGAGUCAAAGUGCUAAUAACUUACAACAACAACAGCUGAAUCAACAGAAUUUGGCAAUGAAACAAAGUUUAAGUCUGAGUCAACAAACUGCUUCACAAGCAGUUCAGAAUAUAGCUCAACAACUUGCUCAAUCGACUCAAAACUUACAGCAAAGUUUGAACGCUAAACUCAAUCAAAACAUAGGUCAAGCACAAGUCAUCAACCAACAAAUAAUAAGUUCUGGGCAGCAAAUGAAUUCACAGAAUCAGGGAAUGUUACAACAGCAAACUGUCCAGUCUCUGACCAAUCAACAACAGAAUAUAAACAUGGGUAUUGUGACCUCACAAGCCCAGUCUGGUCAACAAGUCCAGAUCAAUCAACUCGUAGGGAAUUCAGGACAGCAAAAUGUCAUUGGCCAACAGAUUCAGUCCGUUCAACAGAGUAUGCAAGGACAGCAGGGAUCUAAUGUCCCUGUGCAAGGAACUUGGAGACAACAAAACAUACAAAUGGUUCAGGGACAACAUCAGAUCAUCAGAAGUCCAUUAGUCCAGACCAGAGCUCCUCAAAAUCAAGUAAUAUUGCAGCAACAAAUCAUGCAAACCCAACAACAGGCUCUGAUCAACAAUCAGCAACCACAGUUGAGUCCUCAACAUGCGAUUCAGCAGACUUCACAGCAAAUUCUCCAGCAAUCCAUUGGGUCUCAGGGACAAACUAUAAGUCAGACUCAUCAUCAGAUACUGGUACAGAAGCAGCAGUUGCUGAACAGCUCUGGACAACAGCAAAUAGUGCAAGCUCCUCAGCAAGUGUUGAUCAACCAACAUACUGGGCAACAGCAGAUUUUGGUGCAUGGAAACCAGCAGGUUACUUUACAAGGAGGCCAGCAGAUUGUAUCUCAAAGUCAAAUAGUGCACCAAGGGGGACAGAUAGUGAACCAGGGGGGUCAGCAGAUAAUAACUCAGGGGACUCAGCAGGUGUUGACUCAGGGUGGCCAGCAUGUGAUUACGCAGCAGGGGCAGCAGCAUCAGGUUGUGAUAGCGCAGUCGUCACAGCAGAUAGUGACACAGUCUGGGCAGCAGAUAAUCGGGCAGGCUGUGGCGGGGAACCAGCAGGUGUUGACGCAGGUGCCUCAGUCGCCGCAGCCGCAGCAGUUGUCAGCCGGGGGCGGCAUCCAGCAGAUCAUCACGCACGGCGGCGGCCAGCAGAUCGUGUCGCCCGGAGGACAACAGAUCGUGCAAGGACAGAACGUGUCCUGGCAGCAACAGCAGUAUCUGCAGCAGAGACAGCAGAUCGCUCAGCCGGGAGCUGUGGGACCAAGGGUGUCGUGGGCGGGCGGCGGCGGCGCGCGGCAACUGAUCCACCUGGACGCGCAGACGCACGCGCAGCUGCAGCAGAUGGACCCGCAGCAGCGCGCCAUGUUCGUGGCGCAGCUGCAGAAACGACGGCAGCUCUCCAUACAGCGCGCCGCUGCGCUCGCGCAACAGCAGCCAGGCGUGGUAGCAGGCUCCCCGGGGGCGGCGCCGCAGCCCGGGGCUCCGCAGAGCGUGACGUUCAUCCGCGGGCAGCUGCCGCCCGGCCUCACGCAGCAGCAGCAGGUGCAGUGGCUGCAGCAGCAGGGGGCGCGCGCCGUCACCGCCGCUGCGCCCGCGCAGCCCCCCCACUCGCCAGUGGGCGGGUCUCCGGCAGCGGUGGGCGGGGCCUCCGAGGGCGGUCUGCAGCAGCUGCAGUUGCAGCGGCAGCAACAGUACCAGCGCCUGCAACAGCUGCAAGCGCAGCGCGACCACGCCACCAUACACCACCAGCAGGCUAAACCUGUGGGAGCGGCCGUGGGUGGUCUUGUGACGCAGCCGGCGGCGGGUGCGCUACCGGAGCCCACCGUGGAUGCUGCUUUACUUGCGCAGGCGGCGCCCGACCAUCAAGCAGGCGCGGCAGGCGUGGGCGUAGGCGGCGCGGUAGUAGUGAAUCCGAAGACGAAGACAGCUCUAGCCAACAUGCUGUCCAUCCGGCUGCAGGGCACCGCCCCCGCAAGCGAGCACGAGCCCUCCGCCGCCGGCACGCUCAGGCUGAUGACGGCCGCGCACGCGGCGGGCGGGGCCGUGCGGGCGCCGGCGCGGCUGCUGCUGGGGCCGGCGCACCAUCCGCACCAGGUGGCGCCCCCGCCCCCCGCAGGCAAGGUGUACGCGGGCGCCGUGCGGGCUGCGCCGCCGCGUGCGCAGUUCUACGGCCACAACCCCAACCUCAAGCUGCCGCCAGACCUCUUCCUGCUCGGCUGCGUCUUUCACAUUGUGGAGUACCAGCAAUCGUGGGGAGCGGAGCGCGUGGCCCGCUGGGCGGACUGCAUCGUGCGGCGCGGCGGGGAGGUGGAGGCCGGCUACUGCGCACGCGUCACGCACGUGCUCUGCGAGACGCAGAAACACGGCGUCGUUAUGCAGGCGCUGCGCGACGCGAAGCGCUGCGUGACGGCGUACUGGCUGUCGGACGCCAUGGUGCGGCGCGGCGUGGCGCCGCCGUGGCUGGCGCUGCACCUGCCCUGCAUGCACGCGGCCCGCGAGCGGCCCGCCAGGGGGCACCGCGUGGCGCUGUCCGGCUGGCGCGGGGACGAGCGCGAGCGGCUGCUCUUCGCCAUCGACCACGUCGGCGCUAAGGUGACGCCGUACAUGACGCGAGACAACACGGUGCUGGUGUGCAAGCGCGCCGAGGGCAACAAGUACAGGCGUGCGCGGGAGUGGAACAUCCCGGUGGUGACCGCGCACUGGCUCACCGACCUGCUGCUCGGGAACAUGUCGGCGCUGUCUCAGAUUGAAAACGCGAAAUACCAGCAGUUCAACAUGCCGAGUCCCUUCAGAAUGGACUACAGUUUGGUUUCACAUUUAAUGAACGCGUGGAAGAUGCCGAUCAACAUAACGCAGGAGUCCCACGAGCGCGCCAAGCGCAGCGCCGCGGCCAUCUGCGGCGGGCCGCGCGCCAAGCGGCCGCGCCCCUCCUCCCCGCCGCCGCCGCCGCCGCCGCCCCCGCCGCGCCUGCAGCUGGCGCCGCGCGUGCUGCUGUCGGCGCUGCCGCCCGCCGCGCGCCCGCGGCUGCACGCCGCCGUCAGACAACUGGGCGGCAUAGUCGUGACGUCAGCAGCCGAGGCGACCCACCUCGUCAUGGAGAAACUGGUCCGCACGUGCAAACUGAUCACUUGUCUGGUCACUGUCAAACACAUACUCUCCCCAGAGUGGAUACUAGAGAGCCAGAGGCUCAAUAAGUUCGCGGAUGAGGCCAAGUACGGCCUAAGAGACGAAGCAUUCAACAACAUGUUCAAAUGCGACGUCUCAGAGGUUUUACUAUGCGGAGAACAAAGGAGGAAGCUCUUCGAAGGUAUCACCUUCUUCCUUACUCCAUGCGUCAAGCCUACAAGGCAACAACUCACGGAAAUGAUCGAGCUAUGCGGCGGCAAAGUCGAGAAGAACAGGAGAUCGUACGUGUCCAUACAAGAAAUGCACAAUCAAAGGCCAUACAGCUACUUGGUACUGACGGUGCCAAACGACCUGCAUUUAGUAUACUACCUCCUGCAGUCUGAGAAGACCCUCAACGUGGUGUGCAGCACUGAAGUAGUCCUGUCAGCUAUCAUGAGGCAAAAGUUAGAAGUAGAAGAAUUUCUCGUCAAAAUAGACUAAAUAGUUUCCUAAGUCAAUAUUGAGGCGCAACGUUUUUCAAUGUGAUUUUAUUAUUACUGAAGACUGAUUGAAGGGUUACACCGGCUUACUAAGUGAGAUAUGGUUUGAUCCGGGCAACCACAUUCACAGUAUGGCGACUGCAUUAAGCCCCAUUGUGUAAGUGCCCUCUGCACGGGUUCCGGUGGUUGAGGAGCUCGGUGGCGCAGCGGUUAACGCGCUCGGUCUGCGAUUGUUGAAGUUAAGCAACUUUCGCAAAGGCCGGUCAUAGGAUGGGUGACCACAAAAAAAAAAGUUUUCAUCUCGAACUCCUCCGUGCUUCGGAAGGCACGUUAAGCCGUUGGUCCCGGCUGCAUUAGCAGUCGUUAAUAACCACCAAUCCGCACUGGGCCCGCGUGGUGGUUUAAGGCCCGAUCUCCCUAUCCAUCCAUAGGGAAGGCCCGUGCCCCAGCAGUGGGGACGUUAACGGGCUGGUGAUGAUGAUGAUGUGUAAGUGCCCUCUGCACCGGUUCCCAGGUGGCAUAGCCGGGCUGCAUUGGGUGACGGAUGCGGCAGGGACUUGGUUAGGAGAGCUUAAGCUGGAUAUAUGAUCCACGCAGGAUAUUUUAUUUUUGUCUGCCAUACGCAAUAAUAAUAACCGGCUUACUUCUCAAGCGAGCGCCGGUUUGAACCCCGGUCAUACUAAGGAAUGAUACUGCGCAUAGAACGGCAACUCUCCGCUCCCCACCAACGUGUGAGCUAGGAUUACCUCACCCCCCUCGAACAUAGUUUAGACUUGUACGGUGUCAGACGUCACACACACAGAUGCGCGUGUACGAUAAUGUCAAUGUGUAGUGUCUGUGUAAAACGAGGUUAUUUAAAUGUAGUGUCCGGUGUGCGCCCCGGUAACGGACUUGCACCAAUGAGUUAUUCAUUUCACUAAAACACAGUUGGCUCGACCAUUAUAGACGGCGAUACGGCUCACCUAUCACGUUGGUAUAACAGAAAGCUCGGUGAGAUGGGUACUUUGUUCAUCUUGCGUUAGAUGUACCUCUGACUACCCCAAUUGGGAUAUGGUCGUGAGCUUAUAUUAUUAUUUGGACUGCUUCAUUCUUAUUUUUCAUUUUUUAUUUUUUUUAAUAAAUGUUUCUUGUUUCUUGUUGUUUCUUGCGGUUAUAAACGUAACCUAAAUAUGGCUGUUAAUUACAAAUACCUAUAAUAUAUCUAAUAUUUUACUGAUGUAAGUGAGUAAUCGUUACAUGAGCCAUGUCAGGGGCCUUUGGCGGCUCAAUCAUAACCCUGACACCAGGGUUGAUGAGGUUGGUAUUCCACCUCACAACGCACACGAUAAGAAGAAGAAGAUUACAAAUGGUGUGUUAGUGCCUUCAAACUUACUUUUAAUUUAGUUUGUCAGUGGCCCCGAUUCCUGCAGACACCUAAUUUUAUUUUAAGUUAUAGGAGGAGUUAGUUAGGGGCUCAGAUAAAUAAACUUAACUAUAACUUUUAUAAAUAAACUUUGAACAUUUAAGUGAUGGGUUGUUGUUAACUUGUAACAACUGUCCUACAACUGGAGUACCGUUGCCGAGUAACCCCAACAACAGCGCUAAUGUCAAUCUGAAAGUAUUCGUAAAAACACGCAUGAACUGUUUAUGUGAAAAACGUUGCGUCUUAAUUUCAUAAAAAUCAGUAUAGUUUUUUAUAUAUUUUUUCUUGGGUCUCAAUCGCAAUGUAUUUGGAUGGUUGUCGACGAAUGAAUUAUUACAUUUCAAAAAUUGAGAAAUCGUUAUUCUUCGAAACUGAAGAAUAUUUUAAAACUUAAUGGAGCCAAUUAUGGCGGUCACGCACUUAAUCUAAUUUUAAUUUGACAGCUCCUUUCACUUAUAAGUGCAAGAAAGAGAUAGAGCUAAUCAUGGUAUAAAAAAACCAGGUGUGCACAAAAGUGACAGCUAACAUUUCAAGGUUAGCUCAGAUGACGUCAUCCACUACCACCACCUACGACCACUAUUUUUACAUUUACUUUGCAAGGAAAUAUUGAAGUUUUAGUAAAAUGUUUACUUACAUUUUUAAUGAUUUUUAUUAUGUGACAAGUAAUAACAAUUAAAUACAUUAGUUAGUAAAUCACUCAAUUUUCAAUAAUUAAAUUUAUGUCCUUGGAAUGUUGGAGAUACCAAUUUAAUGGUAACACUGACGUCAUCAAUGGGCUAGCAAUGGCGGCUUGUCAUAGGAUUGAACAUACCUGGUUUUCUUAUAUAUGGAGUUAGUAUUAGUCCCGUCAAAUUAAAUCUGUUGUCCGAAUCGGCACCAUUAACUAUUUUUAGUGUGUAUAAUAUUUCGUACCGAAUUAGAUCUCGAGUAAGAAUCCUUCAAAAACUGCAAUAAUAAUAAUAUUAAUAUCAUUGACAUAAUAUACAGAGCAUAACUUGACAUAAAAUUAUUUAUUUUGCUUCGAUAAAAUUAUUAUAAAAAGGUUCCGAAGCCGCCGAUGUUUUUGUAUUUUGGAAUCUCCUUAUUUUCGUUAACAAUGUUCCUUUAUAUUUUAUGUUCAUUGAAAUACAUUAUACUUUGUUAAUUGUUAGAAAAUUUAAACUCAAGUUUGAGUUUUAAUGUAAGAAGAUCGUUUGGAGUCGUUUUUGAUGAUUUUGUACAUAAUUAGCUGUAAGAUGGUCUGGACCAUGUCGUAAGGAGGGCCCGAAAUAUAUGGAAUUUAAGAUAUUAUAA